CGUCUCAAACAACAGUCUACUCCGUCAAAAGUCUUCAUAGCGCGCGACGGCGUUAGUUCUGGAACAUCUAUAUGCAUAAGGACCUGGUCAUCCCCAUUAUCUUCAUCCUACGCGCUAAUUUUAAGGCUGAUAUCAGAAUUUCAGGAGUAAACAACCCCCUGCUUCGCGCCGCAUAUGAAACCUUCUAACAAGCCAUCUCCGUGGUUCUCAUUUCGCCUUACCAAAAGCUCCUUUAUUUUGAACUCAGAACGCCGGUGCAUUCCUUGGCAAAUUGAUAUUCCACCAAUUCGAGAACUCAUUUGAACCUGAACCCUGUUUAGUAUGUUCAUGGAUAGCGCCGACCCAACGCUAUGGUGGAUCGACAUGAUCUUCGUCUUCCCGGAUGUUACUGUAAAAGACCCAAGUGCGGCUCGUGGUAGAUGUGGGUAGGGCUUGGAGCAAGUUAAUAUAAGGAGGCGAGUAUUCUCUCGACUUGAUUUCGUCUCUCUUUGUUUAUCAGACCAAUCACAAGUCUUCGUCCAUUCCCUUGAAGCCGUCUUCAUCACACUCAUUCUUUUAAGCUACUUUCAUACUUGACUUGAAGUCAAUUCACAUUCGUUACCGCAAGUCGGCCUUCAAGAACAGUCUAUAUUCACGUAUCAUAUAUAAAUAACCAAGUUCAAUAUGCCUUCUGCACUUACAUCCAGCUUAUUGGCUGCCAUUGCCGGUGCCGUUUCUGUUUCUGCCCAUGGUCAUGUUACCACUGUGACUAUCGACGGCAAAUCCUAUCAAGGAUUCGAUCCCACCUCUGCACCUUACGGACCUCAGCCGGACAGUGUCACUUGGAGCAACGGGGCUAAAGACAACGGCUUCGUGCUCUCAUCGGCGCUCCAAGACCCUGAUAUCAUCUGUCACUUGGAUGCUACCAAUGCUGCUUUGUCUGCACCUGUCGCCGCCGGUGGCGAGGUCUCGCUCACCUGGAAUCAAUGGGCGGACUCUCACAAAGGACCGGUUAUUGAUUAUUUAGCUGACUGCGGCGGUAACUGUUCAACUGUCGACAAGACAACUCUUAAGUGGUUUAAGAUAGCCGAGGCAGGCCAGCUCGAGCUAGGUGCCGGCAGUGGCGCGACCGGCAAGUGGGCUGAUGACUUGUUAAUCGAGGAUAGCCUUACUUGGAAGGUUACCAUUCCCAGCUCACUUAAGCCUGGAAACUACGUUCUUCGUCACGAACUCAUUGCUCUACAUGAGGCUGGCACUGAAGGAAAGGCGCAGAUGUAUCCUCAGUGUAUCAACCUCCAGGUUUCUGGGUCCGGUACCCAGUCUCCGGAUGGUAUCGUCGGUACACAGCUUUACACCGCUACCGACGCCGGAAUCUUGCACAACAUCUACAAUGACGAGAAGCUCUCGUCGGUUGCUGAUUACAAGAUCCCCGGACCUGCUUUAGUGAAGUUUGAUGGAUCGUCAUCGUCGAACAACGAUGAUACUUCCUCGUCUUCUGCUCCUGCUCCUACGAGCACAAGCACGACUCCGGCUCAGCCUACUACUGCUGCUCCUACUGCUACUUCUCCUAUCGCUAGUAGCACCUCUACUGCUGUCGCCAGCACCCAGCCGGCUGCCAGCUCGCCCGCUACCACAACGCCGAAGAAGACUUGCUCCAGCAAGCGUCAUGCUCGGCGCCACGCGCGUCAGCUCAAGAGCCUGUAAAAUGGGGAAUUGGGUUAUACUAGGGGUCAGUUAAGUAGGUGGCGACCGGAGUUUGAUUCGUUGUAUAUAUGUCCAAUACUAUAGUGAAAUCACGAGAUCUCGAGAUAGUAUCUUAAAUAAACCAAAAAUGAAGUAGCU